CUGAUUCUCACAUGGCCUCGUAUGCGGAAAACCGGUAUCAGUCUUCUUUUGUCGCUGGCGAAGGGGCGCGUCAGCUUCGAUGACAGCACUGCCGUGUCGUCCCCGCCGGGCAAUUCUCUCACGCCAUUUGCGGCCACUGAUGGUCGCCGAUUAUACCGCUCGGCGUACGGAGGGCGGCGUAAACGGUCGUGCGUUGAGACUUGACAAAUCGCCGUCCCCCCCUUCGCAAGU